GGGAUUCACUGAGUUAGUGGAGCAAGGAUUGUUGUUAUGGAUGGUCGUUACGGCGACAGCAUCAGUGACAGCAUCAGUACAGCAGGGGCAGGUAACACGUCUGUCAACAUGUAAGCACCAUACCCAUCUGAAGCAUGCAGUGCAGUGCAAGACAAUAUAAGAUGAAGCUGGCAAAGACAACCGAACUAAUUGAUCGUAUCGAUCGUAUCAGAUAAGAGUGGGCCAGAAUGACGUAGGGUGCAUUAGCGUGUUGUGCACACGCGAGGCUGACUCACCAGCACCAGUCAGCACAACUCCUGCUCAUCUCCGCAGCUCUCCGAGACCUCCGACUGUUUUAUCCUGUGAUGGCCUGCUGUGAGAACUGAUCGCUGCCUCUUCUUCUGAUCCUGUCAUGGCUUUUCCCUCUCCGCCAGCCUCUCCGGAGGGAACCGUGCAGGGCCGUCCGCCGCGCUAUCCUGGCGAGGAUACCACGCCUACCACCCGCAAGGAACUCUGGGGUUGGUAUGCCUAUGGCAUCGCUGCUGAAGUGUUUGCCGUGUGCGGUGUGGGCUCGUUCCUCCCUCUUACACUCGAGCAAUUGGCCCGCGAGCGUGGAUACCUCCAGAACAGCCAUUUGCCGUGCGUCGGUCCCGACUCGCCUUCUGCGCCAAAGCCAGCCAUGUUUCGUCGUGAUGAUAAUGAACAAUGUGUGGUUGGAUUGAUGGGACUGCAGAUCAACACGGCCAGUUUUGCCAUGUAUACUUUUUCGUUGGCGGUGCUCGUGCAGGCAUUGACCUUGAUCUCGUUCAGCGCUCUGGCAGAUUAUGAAAACAACCGAAAGACUCUGCUCCUUGCAUUUGGAUUCAUCGGCUCAGCCACCAGCAUGCUGUUCGUCUUCAUUGCACCGCCGGUAUUCGUGCUGGGCGCACUUCUGGUCGUCAUUGGGAUCGUCUGUCUCGGUUCAUCCUUUGUCGUCCUCAACUCCUUCCUCCCAGUCCUAGUGGCCAAUGAUCCAUCCAUCCAAAAAGGCAUCAAGGAAUCCGAAGAACUGCACCAGCUGGACUCCGACGGCGAAUACGUGCAUGCCCGAGCAUCCUUCGACACCGACCCCGAGUCACCCCGUCCUCCAACCGGCCUCGGACUGGGCGGCGCAACGGGCACCUCGUCACCAGAACUGCAGCUCUCCACCAAAAUCUCCUCCAAAGGCGUCGGACUAGGUUACUGCGCAGCCGUGUUUGUCCAAAUCCUCAGCAUCCUGCUCCUCUUCGGCCUUUCCAAAACCCCCCUUCCAAAAGCAUCCGGCACCCUCCCCCUCCGCUUCGUGCUCCUGCUCGUCGGCAUCUGGUGGUUCGCCUUCACCCUCGUCAGCCGUCGCUGGCUGCGCAACCGCCCCGGCCCCCCACUGGAAUCAUCCACGCACCAAACCCGCCUUCGCAUCUGGCUGCACCUCGUAGCCUUUGCCUGGAAAUCCCUCUGGAAAACCAUCCUCAUCGCGAUCCGCCUGCGCGAAGUCCUCAUCUUCCUAAUCGCCUGGUUCCUCCUCUCCGACGCAAUGGCCACCGUCUCCGGCACCGCCAUUCUCUUCGCCCGCACGGAACUCAAAAUGAGCACCACAAUGGUCGCCCUCCUCUCCAUCACCGCCACCCUCUCCGGCAUGGCUGGUGCCUUCCUUUGGCCCCUCGUCUCCCGCCGCUUCAACCUCAAACCCAACCACACCAUCAUGCUCUGCAUCUGCCUCUUCGAACUCAUCCCCCUGUACGGCAUGCUCGCCUACAUCCCCGUUUUCAAGAAAUGGGGCGUGAUCGGCCUCCAACAGCCCUGGGAAAUCUACCCGCUGGCUAUCGUCCACGGGAUUGUCUCCGGGGGACUAGCGUCGUAUUGUCGAUCGUUCUUUGGACUGUUGAUCCCGCCGGGCAGCGAAGCGGCAUUUUAUGCUCUGUAUGCGGCAACGGAUAAGGGGAGUUCGUUCAUCGGACCGGCCAUCGUGGGCGGGUUGAUUGAUGCCACGGGGCAGGUCAGAUCGGGAUUCUUCUUUAUUGCGGUGUUGAUUGUGCUUCCGAUUCCGUUGGUUUGGAUGGUGGAUGCGGAGAAGGGCAGGAGAGAGGGGGUGAAGGUUGCAGAGAGGUUGUUGGCUGGUAGGUAGGUAGGUAGACUUUGUUCUGCUGUUAAAGAUAGAUGCAUUAUGGAUGAUGAUGAGAUGAGAUGAAGAAUUACGGAUAGGUAGUAUACAACAUUGACUUUG